CAGUGCGGCAGGCGGACCACAGGGAGAGGGAGAGAUUUUAGGAAGGACAGUUACAAAAGUUAAAGAAGAGGAGAAAUCAUGACACAAAACAGUGAACUCGUCGAUCGCCUCUCCUCGCCAUUGAAUUUGACAUCCCUCAUCAUGGCGCUCGUGUCACCUAUGAAAUAUUGAUUUUUGUCAUGUACGCCAACUUGAGGAUAUGCUGCCGGGAAACGGAUGAGAGCUACCGCAGUCGCCUGGAACUGCUUGCUGGAUAUUGAAUCCGGCGCUCGGGGAUGCAGUUGGGAUUGAUUUCCUGUAUAUAAUCAAUAAAUGAGAGGAGGGUUCUUGGACUACACGAGAGCUCGGGCCGAUCCGUUAUAUUUCACAUCACAUCUAAGCAUGGGAAUGUGGUCCAGCGCUCUGAUCUCAUAGUCACUCCCGCGGGACGUGAUGCAGCCACGCGGAGAUGUCAAGAUGGGAGAUGCCGCAGAGAGCAAGGAGAGCAAGAGGACGUUCAUCGUGCCGACGAUCAAAUCUGUCGAUCACUAUGAUUUCACCAGGGCCAAGAUAUCGUGCAGUUUGACGUGGCUCAUCGCCAAAGCCUUUGGAUCUGACUGUGUACCUGUGGAGUUGGAGGAUCCAUUCUACCGAGACCAGUAUGAUCAGGAGCAUGUGAAGCCGCCCGUUGUGUCUCUGCUGCUUUCUGCGGAGUUGUAUUGCCGUGCUGGGAGUCUGAUCCUCAGGAGCGACGCGGCUAAACCCCUGCUGGGUCACAACGCCAUCAUCCAGGCCCUCGCUCAGAAAGGCCUCUACGUCACUGACCAGGAGAGACUCGUGACUGAGAGAGACCUCUGCAAGGCCCCCAUACAGAUGAGUUCUCACCUGGCGAUGAUUGACACUUUGAUGAUGGCGUACACAGUUGAAAUGGUCAGUGUGGAGAGAGUGCUGACCUGCAUACAGAAAUUUACUCCUUUCCUUCCUGAGGAAGACUUCCCUUAUGAUGCUGAAGAGGCCGUGACAACAUGGAUUAGCAAGGUAAAUGAACAUCUGAGAGAACUUUUGGCCCAAGAACGUAGAGUUCUAGAUAUAGGAGAACCCUGCACAGUUCAAAAGAAGACAAUGAGUAACUACCUUGUGUUUAUGGCAGAGCUAUUCUGGUGGUGUGAAGUUGUGAAACCAUCUUUUGUUCAGCCCCGCACACUCAAUACCAAAGUAUCUGACCCAUCCCAGUCCAAUAAAAUGGCUCCCAUAACCAAACAAAACCUGAUCCACAGACCAGGCAGUCCAGAACAGUCUAGGUCACAACCUAAAAAUGACAACUCAGUUAACAGGCGGUCGUCCUCCUUGUCGUAUGUGGACGGAUGUGUGGGGACAUGGCCUAAAGAGAAACGGUCUUCAGCUCAUGGGAUAUCAUUUGAGAUUCCAUUUGAUGACAGCAUGAGUUCAUCUUCAGGACGUGGACUGAGCCGAUCGGCAAGCACUGAAGGUUUGGGUUUUAAAGUUCACCACGCGGCCCGAGGCAUGCGGAGGAACCUCUCCUUCCAGCCCGUUAAUGGGAACGCCCACAGCAAAAUACCUGAGGAGGAUGAUGAGGAAUCCAACAGACACAUCAGCAGACAUCGUCUGGGAAACUACACUGAGUACUCAAAUGGUGUAUCAGCAGACAACCCAAGCCCUCCGUAUAACCCUCAGCCCAACACCCCUAGCAUAGAAGAAGCCCUGAAGAUCAUCCAUGACUCUGAGCGACCCCACAGCAGCUUGCAGCCCCCAUCUGGGGACAGCGCUUUUUUCCUGCACAACCCAUCUUCCCACAACUCCGCAUCUGAUCCAAACGAUCCAGAGGACUCGCUUUCCAAGGCCAGAGCGGAUGAUGCGGACCUAAAUUCCACCUCUACUGACCUGGACACUGGAAUCCAUGUCCGUACCGAAGAUAUCCAAGACGGACAGGAUGAGGACUCAUCCCUGAAGGACUAUUCAGACAUGGACCAGGACUGCGAAGCUCGUUCCUGUCCACUUCCGGAGAUAUCCGGCAGCCCUUGUCCAAACCUUUUGGAAACACGCUCCCUGGCCACCAGCAUGGCCUCCUCGUUGGGUUUUGCAGUUCGCAUGACCAGCUUUGCCGAACAGAAGUUUCGUAAACUAAGCCACGGUGAUGGCCGCAGCAGCGGGAGUGGCGGUAACACGCCUGAGAGCGGCGAACUGAACGUCACAACCCCAGGAGCGACUGGGACAGUUCGUUCGAUUACUCCUGACGCACACAGCCCCUCUCGCAUCACCUCCCCUCGUGAUACCUCACACCUGUUGGCGUCGGAGAUGGUCCAGUUGAAGAUGAAGCUGGAAGAGAAACGCAGAGCCAUUGAGGCACACAAGAAGAAAGUCGAAGCAGCUUUCACGCAUCACAGGCAGCGCAUGGGCAGGACCGCCUUCCUCAAUGUGGUCAGGCGUAAAGGAGUUGUGUCGCCACUAGGGGGCGACAGUGAAGGCCCAGAUGGUCGGGAAAAACAAACCAGUGACCUUCAACCUCUAAAGACACCUUUGAAUUCGAAUGACUCCGAUUCUAGACUUGAGAGAUGUCGACCUGACGGUGCACCGCCGAAGUCACCCUUAGAGGAAGCAGCCGUGGAGGUGGACCUGGCAGAGUAUACGCAAUCCAUUGAGCGCCUGAACACGUCUCUGAACUUCCUACAGUCAGAGAUGCAGCGCUUGGCACAGCAGCAGGAACACAUCAUGCAAAUGCGUGAACACCAAAGUUGGGUGAUUUCGCCACCCGAGCCAUCGCCACGUAAACAGAUGCGUGAGCUGCGCAGCAGCAGCUUAGUUGGUCGAAGUUCGGUGGGGUCGCUCUCCCCCAUUUUGUCGUCCACCGGUUCGCCACGCACGACUCACCGUUCGCCCUCUACGAUCAAAAGGAAGUCCGCGUCUUUCCACGCAAGGACCCCACGAACGCCAAGGCCCAACGAGCUGAAGGUCACCCCCUUUAGCCGCAUGCUCAACACUCAACAGUCAGUGGACAGCCUGCCUCGACUUAGACGUUUUUUGCCGAGUCAAGCGCAGUCCAGCCCAUUUGCCUAUUUGGGAGAUGGUGAGGGACCUUCCAGUGAGGACCACACAGCUAGAGAAAAGCCAUGUAAGAAAGACUCCAAAGAUGCAGCUGAAAAUUCGCCAUCUGCUCAGGUGAAUGAAAAGCAGAGAGAAGAAAAACAGGAUGUUGGCGAGAGUAACAAAAUCAUGAAUGCACCAACAUCUGAGGUUCUGUCUCAGCCGACAAUGGACCAUUUGACAUUAACAGCCAGUGGACACACAAAUGAAGAAGAGUCGCAUAAGAAAAAGAAUCUGAUUGAGGUUCCUCUCUCUGUUCUGAAGCCUCUGGAUGGACAUGAUCUGGAGAGCAGCAAAGAAACAGAGACUGGAUUAGAAUUUAGACCAGACCAGAAGAUGUGCUGUGGCUUCUUCUAUAGGGAUGACCUAAAGCCAGAGGAGGAUAUUGCACAGAAGAAGGCAGCUCUGAUGGAAAAAAGGCUACGGAGGGAGAAAGAGAUGCAGAUCAAGAAACAGCAACAGGAGGCCGAGAUGGAACAAAAGAAAGAAGCAGCACGAUUGAAAGCAGAAGAUGAACGUGAGAAGAAGGAGGAGGAGAAGGCAAGACGGGAUUAUAUAAAAAAUGAAUGUUUGAGGAAGAAGCAGCUCAAACUGAUGGAGGACAUGGACAGUGUUAUUAAGCCACGCCCCGCUAGUGUCAAGCAGAAGAAGCCACGCCCCAAAUCUAUGCACAGAGACAUCAUGGAGUCUCCAAAACCUCCAGCACGGACAGCCACAGGGUCAAGACCUCGUGGAUAUUCUGUGUCCAGCUUAUCACUCGCCUCCCUUAAUUUGGCAGACAGUGAGAGUGUCCAAUCUGAUAAGAGGACAUCCAGGCCAGAGUCCACAGAGGGCUUUCUGUCACCGUGUCCAUCCAUAAGUGGAAACGGGGAGAACUGGGAGCUUGAAUCAACAACGUCAUCUGCAGCAUCAAACGCAGAAUACACAGGGCCAAAGUUGUACAAGGAGCCCAGUGCUAAAUCAAAUAAACACAUCAUCCAGAACGCACUGGCUCACUGCUGCCUCGCGGGCCGCGUCAAUGAGGGACAGAAGAACAAAAUCCUGGAUGAAAUGGAGAAAACCGAAGCCAACAACUUCCUGAUUCUGUUCAGAGACUCUGGCUGCCAGUUUCGCUCUCUAUACACAUAUUAUCCAGAGGCGGAGGAGAUCAACAAGCUGGCUGGCAUCGGGCCCAAGACCAUCACACCCAAAAUGAUCGAGAACCUCUACAAAUACAGCUCGGAUAAGAAACAGUUCAGCAAAAUCCCCGCUAAGACCAUGUCAGCUAGUGUGGACGCCAUCACCAUCUACAGCCACCUCUGGCAGAUCAAGAAACAAAACACACCCAAAAAACUCCUCAAAUAAGUUGACAGCUCACUGAGAGUGUUCCUGCCUAUCGGACAUUAUGAUGCACAUCCUGAAUGUAAAGAAAUCAUUUUUGCGGGCUUUGGAUGUUCAUUUGUGGCAAAUUCAAGACCUUCUGUUCUACAGUACACAUACACACUUGUGUGUGUUUAUUUGCAGCACUGACAGAUGCGCUUUUAAGUCAUUUUUAUUUCCGACAUGUUACAUUUUGUGGCCUUAUGCUUGUCUUGUGUCUUUUAUGCAAUACUUAACGCACACUUACUGAGUUUAUGAGCAAGUCAUUGCAUCAUAUGAAGAUACACAAUCUGCUUCUUUAGUGUUUGUGGAAAUGGAGGUGUAAAAGAUUAUAUUAGGGACAUACUGCACUUGAAGACUAACGUUACAGAUGGUCAUGCAGUUGAAGAAGCAUUUAGUGUACUGGAACCUCAGAAUUUCUUGCUUUAUUUAAUGUCUCUGUUUGAAUAUUUUGAAUAUUUUGUUGGACGUCUGCUACCCCAGGAACGUGUGUAAAAUUAGCUACAGUAAGAGUUGUUCGCUCAAGACUUGCUAUAAAAUGAACAUGCUUGGGUUACUCUGUAUGUGGUGUAAAAGUAAUGAUGGAGCCUUUAACUGAUUAAGUUGAGGAGCAAAACUAAACAUGUUAGUUAGAAUGAUAAAAUACAUUCCUAUAUGUUGCUAUCGCUAGUGUCAUGACCCAGAAUAUCUGGGUGCCGUGUAUGUUUGAAACAUACAUUUUAGAGAGACAGAGCAGUUUAGCUGACUGUUUGAGUAGAGUAAAUUUCCGUAUGAAUAAUACAGAGGAAACACUGAGUUACUGAAUAUCAUAUAAUGAAGCUUUCAAAGAGAUGGUGCAUAUUAUUGCUAAAUCAUGUGGGAACUAAUUUUUAAUUAUGAAGUGCAUUUUUAAGAGCUGGGAUUAUUUGGGCAGGCUGUUGUCUGGUAACACAUUUUGUCUUCGGGUGCAAAAGAAUUGAAAGAUAUUUGUUAUUUUUACUAAGUGAAGUAAAUCAUUGUUUGAACUUAUUGAUGCUGUACAGAUAUAGUUUUACAUACUAAGCAUAUUUUUUAAGCCAUUGAAUAUUACUGAUAUUUUUCAUAUGAAAAAGAUGAUGUUUAACAGGUGCAAGUAUGAUGAGACGUGAUAAGAGUAAAAGUAAGUUGUUCUGAGAGAUGUUCAUUUCCACAUGCUGUCUAAUCUUUUUCCAGGUCAUCUCCGCUGUUUGUUUGUCAUAUGCUUUGCCUGUUGUAUUUAAAUGUUAACCUCAACAUAAAUACAGAUUUA